AGCAUAAUCGAUUGUGACUCUUUUGUGAAACGUAAAUAAAAACAAAGCCUUUGGCAGGAAGCUCCUCCCAUCGUCAUAAAAAUCCAAUUUUUGUGCUGAAUUUCUUUGUUUUCUGGUCGGAAAAUUCGCGAAAAAUAAUGCAGUGCCGCCCACAAUGAGUGAAAACAAUCCCGGACGAGGUAACAAUAACGGCAACGGCAGUGGUUCCACUUUUAAGCGACCGCGACUGCUGUCCUUCCAAGGACCUACGUCCGAAUCAAUUGCCCUGAAUCACCCUCCAAUGGCCGCUGGGCCAUCGUCAAGCUCGCUGGAGGAAAUAAACGUCCGUCAACCGUCGGUGGAUAUGCGCCCGGGAAUGGCACCGGACUUGGCCAGCUGGCAGGAGGCCCAGAUAGCGGCCUGCAUCGAGGACAACACCAUCAACAUGGUGCUGGAGCAGUAUUUGAACUUUUAUGAAACGCGCCACUAUGGGGCUGAUGUGGCGCAGGCUGCGGCCUCCAUUCCCGAUCCGAACGACGACGAGGCCGAGAUGCAGCAUCAACAGGGGCAGGAGGUGGAUCUGCUCGAGGAUCGUGCAAUAAUGGCCGCCAUCAGCGAGCGGGGUCUUCAGCCAAUGCUGCAGUCGAAUGACAAUUACGACGACGACGAUGGCGAUGGGAUGGGCGGCGCAGUGGGUGGUGCUGUGGUGACCCGUCGGAUGGAUUUGGACCACCACCAGCAGCAGGGAAUGGAUUUGCUGGAGACGGCCGUGGCGGUUGCGAUUCAGGAAAAAGGCUUGACCGCUGGAGGAGGCGCCCAGCAUGGUCUGAUGGACGAGGACGAUGGAAGCUAGUGGAUUCGCUGAAGGGGUCAAUUGAUCAAUACUGUGUCUGAUCAUUUUUCAUAUAAGAUUCGCAUAAAAAUAUAUAUAUUCAUAGGUGUAGCGUUCUCAUAUUGUCAGACGGGUUAGUCAUGGAUUAUAUCGGUAACGUCUGUAUAGAAACCCAACAUAAUAGUGCGUAGAAACUUUUUAUUUGCGAACGAUGACUUGAAUAUGAUAUCUCUCUAAUGUAAACUCUAAACAUAGGCAGAAUAAACGUCGUACUUUAAUGAAA